AUGCAAACAAUCAAAUGUGUUGUCGUCGGAGAUGGUGCCGUUGGAAAAACAUGCUUAUUAAUUAGUUAUACAACUAAUAAAUUUCCAAGUGAAUAUGUUCCAACUGUAUUCGAUAAUUAUGCAGUAACAGUCAUGAUUGGUGGUGAACCUUAUACAUUAGGUUUAUUUGAUACAGCUGGUCAAGAAGAUUAUGAUCGCCUUCGUCCAUUGAGUUAUCCUCAAACAGAUGUUUUUCUUGUAUGUUUUAGUGUUGUAUCACCAUCAUCAUUUGAAAAUGUCCGUGAAAAAUGGGUGCCAGAAAUAUCACAUCAUUGUGCUAAAACACCAUUUUUACUUGUUGGUACUCAAAUUGAUUUGCGAGAAGAUCCAAAUACAAUAGAAAAAUUACAAAAAUCACGUCAAAAAGCAAUAUCAUUUGAACAGGGAGAAAAAUCAGCACGAGAAUUAAAAGCUGUUAAAUAUGUUGAAUGUAGUGCAUUAACACAAAAAGGUUUAAAGAAUGUCUUUGAUGAAGCUAUUUUAGCUGCACUUGAACCACCGAAAAAAGUUAAAAAGUCUGGUUGUAAACUUUUAUAG